UCAAGGGCUAUAAUCAAACGUUUUAAUAAUAAUAAUAAUAAUAACAAUAAAAAACUCCUGCUUUCAUUUGGAUACUUCAGUAAUUUAUAUACAAUUUUUCCAUUAAUGAUAUUUGGAUAAAAUAAAUAAAUAUUAUGUUAAAUAAAUAAACAACAAUAAGUUUUGCUCUUUUGUCAGUGCGCUAUGAAGAUUUAAGUGUUUAAAAUUCGUAAGCUCAAAGCAAUAUAUAUAACCGCUGGUUUAGAAAUCCAGCUAAUCGCUACCCGAUUAGUCGGCUCUUAUCGCAUGUUGCUUUGAAUAACAUUAGAGUGUCGACCAGUUGGAAGUGCAUUGGCGGAUUUAAGUGUUCCAUUUUUUGGUUAGUCUUCAACUGAUAGCGCUGCCAACAUGAGUAGUUCUCCUAAUCCCAUACGCACCUUAUCGCCUGCUUUGCAAAAAGUGGCCAUCGAGGAGCUGAAUGAGGUGCCCAGUCGAGUGGAGUCCGACAUAGCAACUCUCAAAGAAUGGCUGCAGAGGCAGCCUCACAUCUGUGCCUGCCUCGAGGAUCAGUUCCUGCUCAGCUUUCUACGUGGAUCCAAAUUUAGUCUGGAGAAGGCCAAGCAGAAGAUAGAUCGAUUCUAUAGCUUACAAGCUGCCAUACCUGAGGUUUUCAAUGAACAGCGAUUGGCUGACGACGCUCAAGUGCUGGAGAUUAUCAGAAUGGGAGUUAUCUUGAGGAUUCCCCUGGACAAAGAGGAUACUGGACCAGCGGUGACCAUAAUUCGAGCUGGCUCCUAUGACAUCAACAAGUUCAAGUUCCAGGACAUUAUACGCGUGGGUUCCAUGUUCGGUGAGAUCAUGAUGCUGGAGGAUGACAAUGCCUCGGUUAGUGGCUACCUGGAGAUCAUGGACAUGAGUGGAGUGACGGGUGCGAAUCUGUUUGCCCUGCAGCCCCAACUUCUCAGCAAGUUCUCAGUCUAUGCGGAUGAGGCAAUGCCAACGAGGCAGAAGGGUAUCCACUUCAUAAAUGUGCCCAAGGCAUUUGAGAUGGGUUUCAAAUCCCUGCUUGGAUGGUUUCCCGUUAAAAUUAAAGAGAGGAUCUCUGUUAGUUCCGAUCCGGAGGCCAUUUUUGAGCGGGUUCCUCAACAUUAUCUACCAGUGGAAUAUGGAGGCACCAAGGGAACCAUUAAGGAUAUUACUACCGAGAUGGAAGAAAAACUUUCUAGCUAUCGCAGCUACUUCGAGGACUGCCAGCAUUUCGGAACUAAUGACAAAUUGCGCGAGGAACCCAGAAAUCUUAGCCCUGAAGAGAGUCACUUUGGUCUGGAUGGCUCUUUUCGCCAGUUGGUCAUCGACUGAAUCGGUUAAAAUACCUGUAAAACCGUCUGGGCCAUAAACCCAUAAUAAAUGUUUUUGAUAAGCUCUGCGACUACUUCAAUGUUUGGCUAUCAGCUUUUAGACGAUAGCUU